UUUCGGCCUCGCUUUCCCGACCCAGCCCGCAAGCCACACGCAUCGGGUCUCAGCGAGCGAUCUCACCACUGACCCGCUCCCUCCUCCCGCGUCACGUGUCCCCCCACUCUCCCCCCAUCUCCCCCGCCUCACAGCUCACCCCGCCGGCGGCCGCAGCGGCGCGCCCCCGACCAGGCGGAGCCGCGCCGGCGGCCAGGGCAGCGGAGAUGGUCUUCGUCUGGCUCGCCGCCUUCUUCCUCGUCGUCACGCUCAUCGUGCUCGUCAUCUUCCAGUUGAUGUGCUUGGCAGAUCUGGAGUUCGAUUAUAUCAACCCGUUUGAUUCAUCCUCUCGAAUCAAUAAAGUGGUUAUGCCAGAAUUUAUAGUGCAAGCACUUCUAAGUGCAUUAUUCCUCUUAUCUGGGCAUUGGGCGAUGUUCUUGCUUUCUGCCCCAAUGGUGUACUAUAAUUAUACAUUGUACGAGCGGCGGCAGCAUCUUGUAGAUGUGACAGAGAUAUUUAACCAUCUUUCACGGGAGAAGAAGCGCCGUCUUUUUAAGAUAGCUGCUCUUAUUGUCCUCCUAUUCUUGUCCUUGUUCUGGAUGAUUUGGAGCGUACUGGAGGAGCACGAGUAGAACGAGAAAAACACUGAUAGCUCAACCUGGUUCUGCAGCCAUUAGUUAGGUAUUACGACAUGGUCCUCAUGGCCUGCUGGACACCUACUCCGAUGCCGUCAUUAUUCAUCCCCAAGCCUUUUGGAUAAAAUUUAGGGUGUCUGGAGAAACGAUGCAAGCAGAAGGGCGAAUACAACGUGUCCGAGGUGCUGUUUGUUGCUCGCGCCUAGCGAAAUCUCCUACUGUUGUAGCGUGUAACAUGACAUGUAAGUUAGGAGCCACUCCCUGUUUAUUUGAUUGUGCAUCCGUUCAUAUGGGGCGAAGGAGUUUGCUGCACCCAACUGUGCAUGGUUUUUGUUCCGACCGACAUUUUCAUGUUAUGUGUUGCCUUGCACCUUUAUAUAUGCCGUUGACUAUGUUAA